AUGGGCAACCUCGUGCUCUUGCUCGUCGUACUCGCGGCCGCCCUAUCACCGGUCGCCCGCUGCACCACCGAUCGCGACGUCGGUUUCCAGCUCAAGCUCACCCACGUCGACGGGCGCGCUGCGCCUGCGUACACCAAGCUGCAGCUCCUCACCCGCGCCGUCGUCCGGAGCAGGGCCCGCGUGGCCGCGCUGAGCGCCGUCGCAGCGGCGGUGGACCCGAUCACGGCCGCGCGGAUCCUGGUGAGGGCCAGCCAGGGCGAGUACCUGGUGGACCUGGCGGUGGGCACGCCGCCGGUGGAGUACACGGCCAUCGUGGACACCGGCAGUGACCUCGUCUGGACGCAGUGCGCGCCGUGCAUGCUCUGCUCAGACCAGCCCACGCCCUUCUUCCAGCCCAACCGGUCCGCCACGUAUCGCCUCGUGCCGUGCGGCUCGCCGCGCUGCGCCGCGCUCUCCUACCCGGCGUGCUUCCACGGGGUCUGCGUCUACCAGUACUACUACGGCGACUAUGCCUCCAGCGCCGGCGUCCUGGCCCAGGAGGCAUUCACGUUCGGCGCCGCCAACUCGACCAAGGUCAGGGUGCCCGGCGUCGCCUUCGGGUGCGGCAACGUCAACGCGGGCUACCUCGCCAACAGCUCCGGCAUGGUCGGCCUCGGCCGUGGCCCGCUGUCGCUUGUCAGACAGCUCGGCCCUUCCAGGUUCUCCUACUGCCUCACCUCCUUCCUCACGCCGGCGCCCAGCCGGCUCUCCUUCGGCGCCAUGGCCUCCCUCGACAGCACCAACACCAGCGACGGCGCGCCGGUGCAGUCCACGCCGUUCGUCCUCAACCCGGCGCUGCCGUCCAUGUACUUCCUGUCCCUCCAGGGCAUCAGCCUGGGGGACACACGCUUGCGCGUCGACCCGCUCGCGUUCGCCAUCAACGACGACGGCACGGGCGGCUGCAUGAUCGACUCUGGCACGUCCAUCACGUACCUGUACCAGGACGCGUACGAGGCCCUCCGCCGUGAGGUGCUGUCCGUCGUCCCGCUGCGGUCGGUGAACGACACGGCCAUCGGCCUCGACACCUGCUUCCCGUGGCCGCCCCCGCCCAGCGUGACGGUGACCAUGCCGGACCUCGUGCUCCACUUCAACCGCGCCAACAUGACGGUGCCGCCGGAAAACUACAUGCUGAUCGACAGCGCCACGGGGUUCCUGUGCCUAGCCAUGGUGCCGUCGGGCGACGGCACCAUCAUCGGCAACUACCAGCAGCAGAAUCUGCACGUGCUCUACGACACCGCCAACAGCCUCUUGUCCUUCGUUCCGGCGCCUUGCAACAUUGCCUAGAUCGCUCGGUUUAAUAUAGAUCGGCAAAUGUACGUUCAGUAUUUCGAGUUGGCAAACAUACAUCUUUAUUAAUAAGAUUAGCAAACAUGCCCAU